AUGAACAACAGCUCUCUCGCUGCCGCAAAUCGGCCCGACACUCGGGCGUCCAUCAACGAUGUGCUGUCGGACGACAUCUUCUGCGAGAUCUUCCUCAUGCUUGCUUUCCUCGACAUACCUACCCUGGAACGCCCGCAGGGAUGGUUUCUUCAGGUGAACGGUGUCUGCCGUCGCUGGCGCUACAUCGCCGUUGGAUACGCGGAGCUAUGGGCCGCAAGCGCCGGCUCUUUCCUGUCUGGUAACAUGACCGAUCUCGCCAUCUCCCGCGCGGGCGAUUCCCUCCUCCGUUUCGACGGACAUUUUGAAGAUCAUGAUGGCCCGGGCCAUGUGCUCACUGGCUACCAGUUCUCGCUGAUCGAGACACAACGACAUCGUCUUCGCUCUCUCGUGUACGACGACUACUUUGAGUGGGCGGACUUGCUUUAUCGCUUGAGGACUUUCCCGAAGCUUGAGAUGGCCAGGCUUUGGGACGGCGCGGGGCCUGAUGCAUGGGAGCGGGACGAGUUCAUUGAUGCCCCGAACUUACAUGGUCUCUACCUCAAUAACGUACUUAUCCCGUUCCUCGCGCCCAAUCUCGGGUAUCUACGCGUCGACAUGGACCAUCAGGACUGGAACUCCUUAGAUCGCAUCUUUGAGCCAGACAAGGUGGUACUCGAAGGAUGCGAUGCAAUCCCGCGAGUGUUUCCGACACGCGAGUUCAUCGCGUUCUUGACCCGUUAUCCCCUUCUUGAACGGCUCAUCAUUAUCGAUAUGCCGCUGCUGCGAGAGGAAGAUCUUCCCUCGACAACAGAGCUACAUGUCAAGCUCUCGAGACUGCAAGUGUUGCAUCUUGGUGGUAUGUCGAUGGCGAUGGGCGAUUUCCUCGAAAGAUUAUAUUUGCCGCACGAUGUUCAGAUUCUCAUUGAUACUGAAGUGAUCGAAGGGGCAGAUGAAUGCGAGCCCGUCCUGUUGAACGCGCUACAAGAACGUUUCCGCUCUCCCGUGUAUGAUAGCCUCAGGAUCAGUCGAACGUCGACCUAUGAACUCCUUUUGCAAGUGUGGUCGUCUGAGUCGAAAGCGCGUUAUGCGCCUGGCGGUCUGGAUUUGGCGACAUCAUUGGGGAUGACGCCCUUUCAAAGAGGGCCGGCUCUGACUGUCAGACUUCCCGGUGUUACGCGCGAUAUCCUUGAGCUGGGUGCGAGCAAUGAACUCGAGAAGCCUCUCAAUGUCUGGGAAAUAGCCGACCGGGGUCCGGUUUUGAAAGUUAUCCCGUACAUGACGAAGGUGGCAGACAUGUUCUACGAUCGUGCGGUAUCCAUUCUGAACAUGGACUCGCCAUGGCCUGAGCCGUUCUCGACACUCAGAUACCUCGACUACACUGAUGCGCCAUGGGACGGGAGCUAUGCCCAUGUGAACGGGUUUGCUCCGAGGGUCGAGCCUGGACGUAGAGAUUGCACCGUCAGCCAUAUGAUCAUCAAAGCGUGCUCAGCUACGCAUCUGACCGCCAAUUGGUUGCUUCUCAGUCGCGUGGAAGCCGACUAUAUCCAAGGGUAUCAUCUCACCGAGGACGUCGAAGAGGUCACGAUUGUGAACUUUCCCUGCGCCGCCUUUCCAGACCGAAAGCGCUAUGACGAGAGGACGAACGCGAAAGCCUGGGACAAGUUGCAGUCGUGUCUCGAGCUUCGGCACGAGGCCGGAUGGCCUCGCAUUUCACUGAGGCUGGCUGAAUCGUAUUCUGACAUGUCGAACAUGGCACGCUCGAACGAAUCCGUGUAUGAACAUACAAUUGAAGCGCCGUACGAGGAUGCCGUGAGGGCCGUCACACAGAAAGGAUACGAGAGGGUUGCUCCAUACUUGAGGAGCUUCGAGGACUUGCGUAUACAUACCUUGCCUUGA